GGCUAAGGAUGUGAAUUAUAUAUAUAUGAAAGUACUUGGAAUCUCGUGCAUUGCUGGUGUUGCCUAUUUCUGAAGCAUAUCUUUCACGAAACUUGAAGGAGAUUGGCUGGAAUCUGACCCCAAACAUCGCAGAACUUGGGGGACGUUUCUGUUCCUGUUCUUGUUCAUGUUCAUGUUCGUGUUCUUGUUCCCUUCUUUUUUCACUGGGUAAACGAUGUUCUGAAAUAUUGAAGUUCAUGCCAAGCUGCAAUUCCAUCUGCUGAUCGGUCGUUUGGAUUACGGGUUAUUGUUCAGACUAGAUAUUCAAGACUGCAUCAGCUAAAAUCCCAAUGGAAAAGCUGCCUGAAGUAAACGAAAAGGAGUUCAUGAGGAUGGCUAUGUUAAAGCAUGAAGAAACAUUCAAACAACAGGUACAUGAACUUCAUCGGCUUUAUCGAACCCAAAAGACAUUGAUGAAAAACAUGGAGAAAAACAGGCAAAGUGGAUGGAAUCCAGAGAGUUGGGAUAAAAGGAAUGAGAUAUGUUUCCGACAAAUUUAUGAACAGGAUGCAAAAACUUACUAUAGAUCAUCAACAAUUCAUUCGGUCAAAAUAGAUUUGGAACAGCCUGCUGAAGAUGAUCAAACAGAAUCCAGCAGUGGAGCUCUGCAGACCAUAAACGAGAACGAACUGGAACUUACUUUAGGGCCUUCGAGUUACAAUACUUCAGAUUCAGGAGUAACCCACUCUUCUUCUUCAACAGGGUCCAGCCAUGAGGGAAGACGUAGGGAUUCAAAGCAAGUACUUAAGGGUCAGGAAAUGGAGGUGUUGGGAGUGAUUGAAAAUUCUUCAGGCUACCAAAAUGGAAGUCAUAAGGGUGAGAAGAAGAUGACGUUGGAUUACCCUCCUUGGCUUUUUCAAGUUGUGAGCCCUAACAUGACUUAAUUUUCAAGGGAAAAAAAAAUUAUUUGAAUGAAAUUAUAUGAGAAGAUCUUUGAUUGCUUCUCAUUGACUAAUCAACAGGGGAAAUUGAUGUUUAGUUGUUUUUAAGUUUCUUCUUCAUCUCUUGCUGUAUAUGGAGACGUUGAUGUGUAAAUACUUUUGUAUUUCUAGCUAUGAUUGAUGUGAAUGGAGAAAUUGAACCCCUAAA